AAUGGAAUAUGCCUGCCUCUAAUGUCUCUUCUUUUGGGCGAAGUUAUUAAUGCUUUUGGUCACAACCAGAUAAAUAUUCAUCGUGUUGUCAACGCUGUUUCCAAGGUGUCGUUGAAAUUUGCUUACCUUGCUGUUGGGUGUGGUGUUGUAUCAUUCGUCCAGGUUUCAUCGUGGAUGAUAACGGGAGAACGACAGGCUGCAAGAAUAAGGAGUUUGUAUCUAAAAAACAUAUUACGACAAGAUAUAUCCUUCUUUGACAAAGAAACAAAUACAGGGGAAGUUGUUGGCAGGAUAUCAGGUGACACCGUACGCAUACAAGAUGCGAUGGGGGAAAAGGUUGGAAAAUUCAUACAACUAUCUUCAACAUUUGUGGGAAGUUUUGUGGUAGCGUUUGUCCAAGGAUGGCUUCUUACACUUGUAAUGUUAACCUCAAUUCCUCCGAUAGUAGUUUCUGGUUCGGUUAUGUCAGUUAUGGUAGCCAAGAUGGCGUCGCAUGGCCAAACCACGUAUGCUAAAGCUGCCACUUUAGUCGAACAGACGAUUGGAUCAAUCAGGACGGUUGCAUCUUUCACAGGGGAGAAAAAAGCGGUUACAGAUUACAAUAAAUCACUUGUUGAUGCGUACAAUUCUAGUGUUCAUGAAGGCCUGGUGACCGGCUUCGGCAUUGGAUCAAUGGUUUUUAUUAUGUUCUGUAGUUACGCAUUGGCUGUUUGGUUUGGUGCAAAGUUGAUACUAGAAAGGGGGUACACUGGCGGAGAUGUGAUUACUAUAGUUUUUGCUGUGGUGACUGGAUCCAUGUCACUUGGGCAGGCAUCUCCCUGUUUGAGUGCAUUUGCUACGGGUCGGGCAGCAGCAUUCAAGAUGUUCGAAACUAUAAACCGAAAGCCUGAAAUAGACGCAUAUGACACAAAGGGGAAAGUAUUAGACGAUAUUCGCGGUGACAUAGAAUUAAAAGACGUGUAUUUUACAUAUCCAGCAAGACCAGAUGAAGAAAUAUUUAGCGGGUUUUCACUUUGCAUCUCUAGUGGAACAACCGCAGCUUUGGUUGGUCAAAGUGGAAGCGGAAAGUCAACGGUGAUUAGCCUAAUAGAGAGAUUUUAUGAUCCUCAACAAGGUGAAAUUCUUAUUGAUAAUAUUAAUUUAAAAGAAUUUCAGAUAAAAUGGAUUAGAGAGAAAAUUGGUCUUGUUAGCCAAGAACCGGUUCUGUUUACGUCCAGCAUUAAGGAUAAUAUUUUGUACGGGAAAGAUGACGCGUCUAUGGACGAGAUUAGAGUCGCGGUCGAGCUCGCAAAUGCUGCUAAGUUCAUCGAUAAACUACCUAAGGGAUUGGACACAAUGGUCGGUGAGCAUGGAACACAACUCUCCGGCGGACAGACAAGAAUUGCUAUUGCCAGAGCCAUUCUCAAAGACCCCAGAAUCCUUCUUCUGGAUGAAGCAACAAGUGCUCUCGAUGCAGAGUCGAGGGUUGUGCAGGAGGCUUUGGACAGGAUCAUGGUUAAUAGAACAACCGUCAUUGUUGCACAUCGUUUAAGCACUGUCAGAAAUGCCGACGUGAUUGCCGUUAUUCAUAGGGGAAAGAUAGUUGAAAAAGGAUCACAUUCAGAGCUAGUACAGGAUCCUGAAGGAGCAUACUCUCAGCUUAUAAAAUUACAGGAAGUAGAUGGUGAUUCAGAACAUCAUAACUCAGAGAUCGUCGGUUUCAAGAAGCCCGCCGCACUGUCAAAGUCCAAGUCGUUUGGUUCGCCGCUACACAUCAAUGACUCGCCACCUACAGAAUCCUUGGAAAAAGAAACAGAAAAAACCUCAAAAAACCGACCAAAAGUGCCACUCCGACGCCUAGCAAUCUUAACAAACCAGCAAACACCAGUUCUCAAUAAUCGGUUCAAUAGCCGCUAUUAUCACACGGCAAUAUACCCCAUUUUUAGCCUCCUACUUUCCAGCAUGAUCAAAACAUUUUACGAGCACCCACAUAUAAUGAAAUCCGAAUCGAAAUUCUGGGCUGUAAUGUUCGUAAUCCUCGGGCUAGUUUUUUCGUUUAUAGCUUAUCCUGGUAGAUCUUAUCUGUUCGCUGUGGCCGGGGCUAAACUUAAACGGAUCAGAUCACUAUGCUUUGAGAAAGUGGUGAACAUGGAGGUUAGUUGGUUCGAUCAGCGAAACUCUAGUGGAGCCAUCGGUGCACGACUGUCCACGGAUGCAGCAGUGUUCGCGGUUGGUUGUGACGCGCUUGCUCAAAUUGUUCAGACUCAGCGUCUGCUGCAGCCCGGUUUAGUAAUCGCUUUUGCAGCUUGCUGGCAGUUAACUCUCAUAAUUCUUGCUCUGAUACCGUUAAUGAGUGCUAAUGCGUAUGUUAGAUGCAGUUUCAUGAAAGGGUUGAGUGCUGAUGCUAAAUUAAUGUACGAGGAAGCAAGCCAGGUGGCGAAUGAAGCUGUCGGGAGUAUAAGGACGGUAGCGUCUUUUUGCGCAGAAGAGAAAGUUAUGAAACUUUAUAGAAAUAAAUGCGAGGGCCCGAAACAGACCGGGAUUAAACAGGGUUUAAUAACCGGGAUCGGGUUUGGGGUUUCGUUCCUUUUUCUUUUGUGUAUGUAAUGCAGCCAGUUUUUAACAGGGGCCCGGUUUAUCGAAUCCGGAAUAACAAAUUUUGAGGAUGUUUUUAGAGUUUUCUUUGGUCUAAUGAUGGCGGCGUUAGCAGUGUCCCAAUCGAGCUCGGUUGCACCCGAUACAAACUAAAGCUAAAAGCUCGCGGUCUCGGUUUUUGCGAUGCUUGACCGAGAGUCGGAAAUUGACCCGAGUGAUGAGUCGGGUUUGACUUUGGAUACAGUCAGAGGGGAAAUCGAGAUCCGUAACGUUAGUUUUAAGUAUCCUACCCGACCGAUGUUGAGAAUAUUUCGUGAUUUAUGCUUAACUAUUCAUAGUGGCAAGACAGUGGCAUUGGUUGGUGAGAGUGGAAGUGGCAAAUCAACGGUUAUCCAACUUUUACAAAGAUUCUAUAACCCGAAUUCGGGUUGUAUCACAUUGGAUGGAACUGAGUUACACAAAUUUCAACUCAAGUGGCUAAGGUUACAGAUGGUCUGGUUAGCCAAGAACCCGUUGUUGUUUAAUGACACCAUUCGAGCCAAUAUUGCUUAUGGAAAGGACGGUGAUGCAACCGAAGCUGAAAUUUUGUUGCUUCCGAGGCUGGCAAAUGCCCACAACUUCAUUAGUGGUUUGUACGAGGGUUACAAUACAAUGGUAGGGGAAAGAGGCGUACAAAUGUCGGGUGGCCAAAAACAAAUAGCAAUUGCUAGAGCCAUUGUAAGUCCCAAGAUAUUACUGUUAGAUGAGGCCACAAGUGCACUAGACGCCGAGUGAAGAGUGGUUCAAGACGCGUUGGAUGGUGUGGUUAACCGGACCACAGUAGUGGUGGCUCAUCGGUUGUCUACAAUUAAGGGCGCUGAUGUAAUCGCUGUUUUAAAAAAUGGAGCAAUCGUUGAGACGGGAAAGCAUGAUGAAUUAAUUAAUAUUAAGGAUGGAUUAUAUGCAUCUUUAGUCGCACUUCAUAAAGCUCUUCAAAUUAAUUAUGAAUUACCUAAUGACUUUACAUCAAUGGUUUGGGGAGACACCCACCUUACAAAGAUUCAGUUAAGAUUCUUGAUGGUGACAAUAUAUGGUUUUGUAAGAGUAAAAAAAACAGAUGUUGGCCCUGUUCUUGCUGAUGGAUUCACCAAACUGGUAAUGGCAGAUAAGUUUUGGAGAGAUUUUUAUGGAAAGAUGUUCAAAGGUGGUCAAUCAACUCUGUAUUUAGGAGAUACGUUUUGGAACGUUAACAUGGACGGAUUAAUUGACAGGUGUGUUUUUACUCAUGGAUGUUCGGAGAUGAUAAAUGAACUUGCCUUAGACAGGAGAUCUACCUUUGUUUUCUCAAUGCAUGGAAAUAAGAACAACAGGGUUGAGUUAGUAGUUUUGGACGACCCAAUCUAUGUUGACGAUUUUGAUGAAUUUGCUAUCGAGACGGCAUGUAAAGAGGAGUGUAUUGAUGCUGGAACUGUCAUUGAAGAAGGUGUUGUUGUUGAAAGUAAAGAUGUUAAAAGCUCAGUUUGGCAGGUUUUGAAGAUAUGUUCAAUGAUCAAGACGAUUUCCAAGUUUGAUACCUUUUUCUCAUCUCUACUUGAAAUGGAAGACCUUAAGAAGAAGUUUCAAAGAGAAUUGGGAUCUCAAAAACUGAAGGCAAAGGCCAAACCAAGUGUUUGUUUGUUUAAAGGCAAGUCCAAAGUUUAUGAAACUCAGACAAAACGAAGUCUUCGGAGCAGAAUUAAAAGAGUUGAUGCAGGAGCAAGCACUUCCUCUCUGGUCUUGAAAUCCACAGAAACGACAAAAAGAAAUCUUCGAAGCCGAAUUAAAAAGGUUGAUGAAGCGCCAAUGACGGGUUCUCCAGUCUUGAAAUCCACAAACCUGAAAAAGCGCAAGAAGACAAUUCAAAUACUUAACCCACAAUCAACGUUUUGA